AUGACAGGCUUCUACCCCCCUAGGCUGGACGCCUGGGCUCCCUGGGAGACAGCCUGGAGCCUGACAUGCAAGCAGUGCCACGGCGAGUUUGGGUGCGACGUGGAGAGCGAGGUGAUGUGUGCGCCCGGCGAGGACGCGUGUCGCACAGCUGUGCGCACGGCUGCCGUGUCCUUCAUGCAGUUCCAGACGGUGACGAAGGGCUGCGCCCGGGGCGGAGCCAGGCCUGAGGAGGCACUGGAGCUGCGCGGACACCUCUUCGCCCUGGCGACCCGUACCCAGCACUGCGCCCACAACCACUGCAAUGACGACGUCCUGCUGGGUGAGCCCUGCCCCCAGGCCACGCCUGGCCCUGCUCCAAGCCUCUCAGCAACUCCCACACCAACCUCCAGGGGGUCUCAGCUCCCCCAGCCCCUGGUACCUGGGGUAGGGCAAGGGACAGGGGAGGGGCCUAUUCUGACUCCCCUGUCCCCCUCCCCAGGCUCCUUCUCGGACAUGCGGCUGAAGGGCUGCGCCCUCCUGCCUGGCUGUGACCACGGUGCCCUCGGCUUCGACAUGGGGUCGGGUGCGCUGCGGGCCCAGUGCUGCAACACCCCCCUCUGCAACCACCAGGACUCAGACCUACAUCUGGAGGCUGAGGCUCCCAACGGGCUGCACUGCCUGUCCUGCCUGGAUCAAGAUGGCUCUGGCUGCCCCACGGACACUGACGCUGGUGCCACCGUCCAAUGCACCGGAGCCCACACCGUCUGCCUGGAGGGUGUGGGUCGCACCCGCCGUGGGACCCCCAGUGGGACCCUGGUGACCUUCAAGGGCUGCGCAACCCCAGCCAUGUGCCAGAGCUCGCUGCUGGCACUGGUGCAGGAGCUGGAUGACACCCAGGUCCUGUGCUGUAACGGCUCCCUCUGCAACCGCCACCUGCCCAGGGGUGUCCUUGUUGCUGCCAGCACUGCCCCCCAGCCAACGGGGGUCCCCGAUUGCGUGCCGUGCACCUCCACCCCCACCCUACCCCCCACCCCCAAGCCCGACUGCAUCCUGGAGGACGAUGACUAUGCAGGCCCCAGACCAGGCACUGCUACGACAAUGGGCAGACACGGCGCUACAUUGCCUCCAAGCACCGAGAGCUCCUGGGACCGGAUGUUGGUGCCCGGUGGGUUCUACUCGGAUGACAGCGCUGCGAGGACAGCAGACGAACAAGGGCACCCGGCCUGGGAGGCUGCAGGCAACUACAUUACCGCGGCACCCCAAGGCACAGGCAGCUCCCGGGACCAGGUGUUGCAUGCUGGUGGCUUCUACUCCAACAGCAAUACUGUGACGUCUACAGGUGGACAGAAUCAGUCAGGCUGGGAGGUGUCAGACAACCACGACACCGCAUCAUCCCAGGGUGCAGAUAGCUCCUGGGACCGGGUAUUGAAUGCCGGUGGGGUCUACUCCAAUGGCAACACUGUGACAGCAACAAGCAGACAGGGCUGGGAGGCAUCAGGCAACCACGUCACUGCAUCAUCCCAGGGCUCUGACAGCUCCCGGGACCAGGUGUUGGAUUCUGGUGGUUUCUACUCCAAUGGCAACACUGAGACGGCUACAGGCAGACACAGCCAGCCAGGCUGGGAGGUGUCAGGCAACCACAUCACUGCAUCAUCCCAGGGUGUAGAUAGCUCCUGGGACCGGGUAUUGAAUGCCGGUGGGGUCUACUCCAAUGGCAACACCGUGACGGCAACAGUCGGACGUGGCCCACCAGGCUGGGAGGUGUCAGGCAACCACAUCAUCGCAUCUCCCCAAGGCGCAGAUAACUCCAGGGACCGGGUGUUGGACACUGGUGGCUUCUACUCCAGUGGCAACACAGUGACGGCAACAGGCGGACAUGACCAGCCAGGCUGGGAGGCAUCAGGCAAGCAUGUCACUGUGUCAUCCCAGGACACAGAUGGCUCCCGGGACCGGGUGUUGAAUGCUGGUGGGUUCUACUCUGAUGGCAACACCGUGACAGCUACAGGCAGUCGCAACCAGCCAGGGCGGGAGGUGUUGGGCAGCUACAUCACUGCAUCAUCCCAGGGCAUGGAUAACUCCCGGGACCAGGUGUUGGAUGCUGGCAGGGUGUACUCUGAUGGCAAAACUGUGAUGGUGACAGGUGGACAUGACCAGCCGGGCUGGGAAGUGUUAGGCAAUCACAUCACCGCAUCUCCCCAGGGCUCUGAUGACUCCCGAGACCGGGUGUUGGAUGCUGGUGGCUUCUACUCCAGCGGCAAUACCGUGUCGGUGACAGUCGGACAUGGCCAGCCAGGCCGGGAGGCAUCAGGCGGCGUCGCACCAGCCAGGGUGGCAGAGCAGGAGUGUGCAGAUGAUGCUGAGGGCACCACGUCCGUCUCCCGGGCUGCGGGGGUCGCAGCUCCCGUGGGGUCAGAGGUCACGGCAUCACCCUCCCUACGCCCAGUGCAGCCUCAGGACCCCUUGGCAGCCAUCUUGCCUGUCCCCUACCUCUUCCCACAGCAGAUGGAGGGUGGAGCCUCUGGAGCAGAGGGCAGAGCUAUGGUGACGCCUGGCACCCGGCGCCCCUGCCGCAGGCGCCCCCCAGGCAAGGGUCACAUGGUUGCCCGGGAGGCUGGGGGUGCCCGGGACUCCGCCUCCUCUUCAACCCACACGUUUCCCAUCAACAUCCGCAACAUCACCGCAGCGACCAGCUCCCCCGGCCAAUCCCGGCCAGGCCUGCGGGAGUGGGGCAGGAAUGAGACCUGGGCCAAGGAGCCUGGCCUAGGCAAGCCCAACCUGCCCCUGCCCAGUGGGGGGCCUGGCCCCACCCCCGGCCUCUGCCUGCUGGGCCUCACUGCCCUGCUGGGGGCCCUGCUGUGCUGAGCCCCACAGGGACCUGACCCAGGCACCUGGGACCGUCCCAUUCUGACCCCUCACCUGGAGCUGGAGAGGACCCAGGCUCCCCCCCACCCCUCCCUGGUCAACCCCUGCUCCCUUUCCCCACUCCCCUGCCCCUCCCGGGGACCCAGGCAUCCGGGCACCACCUUGCCAUCAACCCUGCCCCCUGUCCCCACUCCCCCUGCUUCCCCCAGAGGGAACCCAGGAGACUGCGCUCCUGGACUGGGGCGGAUCAAGCCCCGCUUUGUUAUUUAUUGCCCUUUGUUAGCGGGGGGAUGCGGGAGGGGCAGUUGCGCAGCACCCCCUGUGGGGGGGAGGAGAAUAAAGAGAUGGAGCCUGAAAGUGUGGCCCUGCCUGGUCCAUGGGGGGAGGGUCUGUGUCUUGGAGGCCUGGGUUCUCUGUGUCAGCCCUGGGCACCCCAGGGGUGGGCGGGGAGCGGAUGGGGGCAGGCAGGGCAGUGGUUGCUAGAGGAUCCUGACACUGUGACACCCCCAGCCACACACACUCCCACCCUCCCUCCUCCCACAUCCCCUGCAUCUGGUGACAAUUUCCUCACCACAACUUCCUCUGGCUACCCAGAGAGAGCCCAGGCUGCCACCCUGCCCCC